AUGGAUGAUCCGCUCUUUCGGAGACAGAGGAGUAAUGUUGUCAUAAGGAAUAUUCAUGAGGACUAUGAGGGACGAUUUUCCAUUUCAUCACAACUAACACUGGAAACUUCCAUAGAUUUUAGUCGAUGUUCUAUUACAACCUUUAUGCCCAUGUACAUACCUAAUUUUACCGUUUUGUCUCCCAUGAUGAUCGGUUUCAAAAAUGAGCUUUCCUCAUUGGGAACUAUUGUCAACGAUGCUGCCAAAGCAUGUCUAACAAUUUAUCUCACCAAAGGUUCAUCUGAAAUGUAUACAAAGCUUCCAAACUCUGGCCGAAAUACAGUUGUUAUGAAUUUUGGAGACCCAUUUAUCACAAGAAACUCUGCCAUAGUAGUGCAGCGGUUUGACAAGCUCAUUCCUAGUCACGCAAUAUCUGAUACAUUCAAUCGUAGGUUAAUGGAUUAUAAUGUGUUUUUAAAUGUGCCUCAGUAUAGUGCUUUUGCAUGGAAGGAUAUGCCUAGCUUACUGCCCUACUCUAGAAAAGCACCUCGACUGCUUCUGGGAGCCAUCACAGCUUUCAUGCGUUUAUUCCAUGCACCUACAGCGUACCUAACAGAGUAGAUUGAACAAGCAUUGUAUGAACGAUUCGCUUGGACAUUUUCACCUACUGUUGUUCUCUUCUUGUGUCUUUGACGACCACUCCCCUGAGCUGUUCAAUGUAUACUUCCGUUAAUAUGAGGAUAGACCCUCUCAAAAAGUGGAAUGCUCAUCGAACACUGCAGGAUGAAAUUGCGUUUG